AUGCCGUCUUGGUCCUUACGAACCACAUCUUGGUCCUUACGAACCACACCUUGCACUUGCAGUAAAUAUGAGUAUGACGUCUUCAUUAGUUUUCGUGGCGAAGAUACUCGCACAAGGUUUACGGACCAUCUCUGUAAGGCUUUUAAAGACAAAAGGAUUCGCGUGUAUAGAGAUGAUAGUGACCUUGAAAGAGGAAAGACGAUUUGGACAGAGCUGGUGCAGGCAAUCAAAACAUCAAGGAUUGCAGUUAUUGUGUUUUCCGAAAACUAUGCUAAUUCCAAGUGGUGCCUUGAUGAGCUCGUGGCGAUCAUGGAUUGCAAAAGUAGUACUAGUAAACGUAGGUGUAAAUGUAAAGAAACUUUAACAGUGCUACCUAUUUUCUACCAUGUGUCUCCGUCUGAAGUACGAGAACAGAAGGGAAAUUUUGCAAAAGCGCUUCCGAAGGGCCCUAAGAAGAAAUGGAGGGAGGCAUUGACAGAGUCUGCAAAGUUGUCGGGCUUCCCUUUGAAAAAAGAUAGCUCAGAGUCAAAGUAUAUAGAGCAGAUUGUUGAAACCAUUUCGAAAACACUGAAUGGGGAAUCCCUUUCGGCAGCACCCGCUGGUUCUGAGAGUAAUAUUCAUAGAGAAGACUCUUCAGCAAUCACCCCCAAUAGAGAAGACUCCUCAGCAAUCACCCCCAAUAUAGUAGAUGCUUCAUUACAUCAAAAAACCACUAAAUCUAAAAAGUAUGCUUGCGCUAUUUGCGGAAUAACAGGCAUAUCAGUUUUAGAGGAAUCAACGAUAAAAUCAAACACCAAAACCAAACGUCAUCCUCCUCUUCUUAGAAUCAAAUCUCCACACCUCCGCCUAAUUCAGUGCUGGAACCUGGGAAAUAUGUCAAAGCCGCUGUGA